UAAUGCAUCUAAUAUUGAUUUUAUUAGUAUUUUUAGGAAAUUGCAAGUUAAGCACAAAACCACACCAGAAUCACUUUGAAAAUAUAUUUUAUUAUGAUGAAGAAUAUUACAAAGUAAUUGAAAUAAAAAAGAUUAGAAUAAUCUAUAUGUUUCAAGAGUAUAUUGGAAUGCCAAUUUCGAUAAGCGUCUAAAAGAUGUAGAUCCACGAUAUUUGUAUUAUAAAGAUGGAGACUUGAAAAGAUAUACAAAAUAUGAUAAAAUAGGAUAAGGAGCAUUUUCUUAAGUUUUCCUUGGACUUCGAGAUGAUGGAGAGAUUGUAGUCAUGAAAGAACUUAAACCGAUGAAAUGGUAGGCAAUUAAUAGAGAGAUUCAAGUAUUAAAAGCUAUAAAAGGAACAACCAAUACACUAUAGUUGAUAGAUGCUGUUAGAAAUUAGAAUAAGAAAUAAAAUGCAACAUUUAUUUAUAAAUAUCUGAGUAGUGUGAAUUUACUUCAUUUAUUUGGAAAGCUUGAGUUACCAAAGAUAAAAUUAUAUAUGUACUAAUUACUAAAAGUAUUUACAAUACUUAAAAGGCUUUAAAUUAAGUACAUAGUAAAGGAGUCAUGCAUAGAGAUGUCAAGAUGGCUAACAUUAUAAUAAAGGAAGAUGAUACACUUUAUCUAAUUGAUUGGGGCUUAGGAGAGUUCUACCAUCCAAAAAAGAGAUAUAAUACUAAAGUAGGGACUCGUUAUUAAAAGGCUCCAGAAUUAUUAGUCAACAAUAAAUAAUAUGAUUACAGUAUUGAUAUGUGGUCAUUUGGUUGUACAUUAGCAAGCAUGAUUUUUCAAAAAUAGCCUUUAUUUAAAGGCAAAGAUAUUUAUGAUUAGUUAGAUAAAAUUGUUGCAGUUCUUGGCACUGAAGAUCUUCUUAAAUAUUUACAUAAAUACGAUAUUAUUUACCCUGAUCCACCAAUGUAUAUUAUAAAUAAAUACUUUAGACAUUCUUAAAAACCUUUUACAAUUUUUAUAAAUCCAGAAAAUGCUCAUUUAAUUACAAAAGAAGGUUUAGAUCUGAUCAGUAAAUUGUUAGUUUAUGAUCAUAAAUUAAGACUUACUGCAGCUGAGGCUAUGGCUCAUUCUUUUUUUGAUGGUUUUAGAAUUUGA